AUGUCAACUUUAUUGAUAACAACAGGUGCAACAGUCACUUUCACAUCAUUAAUUGAAAAAGUUGUUGAUGCUAAAUUCAUUAAUUACCUAAUAGAAGCUAACAUAUCAAGGUUGUAUCUUCAGUAUGGAAAUGAAAUCAAAAAUUCUAAACAUAUAAGUAAAAUAUUUUUUGAAUCACAACUAAAAGAAUCAAGUAUAAUUGAUCAUCUAAACUUGAAAAAGGUUGAAGAUACUAAAACCAAUGCUAUAACAUUAUCAAAUUCAAAAAUCGAAAUUGUGGCAUUCCCAUUUUCAACAAAUAUAGAAUCAUACAUAGAAUCAUCCACCUUGGUUAUUUCUCAUGCAGGAACAGGUUCAAUUAUUGAUACGUUAAAAUAUAAAAAACCAUUAAUUGUAAUUGUUAAUAACAAAUUAAUGGAUAAUCAUCAAUUAGAAAUAGCUGAAGAAUUUGAAAAAUUAAAUUAUUGUUUAAAUUUAAAUGUUAAUGAUCUUGUUUCUGAAAAAUUUAAAAUUCUACUAAGUGAUAUAAUUAAUGGGAAAGUACAUUUUAAUGAGUUUAAAGAGAGUGAUGGGUCUAUUUUGGAAACUAUUAUUGCUGAAGAAUUACAAGAUUGA